UGUCGCACGCCGCCCUGCGGACAGCCUGAUAGGGCGUUUUUGCUCUAUCCCUAUCCGGUCGACACUUCAACUUUCGGGAGCCCCUUCUGGUCAAUGCGAGCCAUCAGAGCACGUCAUCUCCCUGGUUGUCCGGGUGACGAUCCAGAUAUGCAAUGAAUGUGGCAUGUGCUCUUGUCACAAGGCCUGCAAGUUGGGUGUUGCAACCGCUCGACUUGUCCGUUCGACGCGUUUUCGCGCUUCGGGCCUGCAAUUCUGGUGCUGUCACUCGACCGCAGAGGUGGACGGACGUGGGAGGUGUCACGAUGGGCGGGCAAUGGACGGAAGAGCAGAUGAUCCUCAUGCUCCGUGCCGUCAGCCGCAGAUUGAAGGAUAGCGAGGAUGUCACGAUCCGAGCGCCUUUGGUGAAUUACGUGCGCGAACAUCUCCUGCAACUGCCACCAUUUGACGAGCACGCCGAUUCGGUGACUGAUUCAACGAUCCGAGGCAAGAUUGGCAACUGCCGAGCGGUCUUCAAUGCCGUCAGGAAGCUAUCGAAGCACUACGUCAAGGGCUAUGACGUCUACUCGGGUUGCAAGCUCUCUGAGGAGCACUUUGACGAUGUCUUUGAAGAAGCCGGCCUCAACGUCAACAACAAUGUGCCCAUGAUCAAGCAUGACGGCCUGACCCCGUACUGGCAGACUGUUUGGCCCGCUGUUGUCGAACUGAUGGAGCUCCAGCCGGCGCAGCCUAUCGUCAUCAAGCCCGACGAGGACUCGCAGCGGCCCACCAGCAGGACAAGAAGAGCGGCCGUUAGUGAUGCAGACGAUGCCAGUCCACGCGCCAGUCACCGACUUGCCAAAAGAGCGCGCAUCAGCAUGUGCAGCGUCAACGGCAAGGGCGACUCUGGGUCUAGCAAGCAAAACCCAGAGGUAGAGCCAAAAUCAAGAGUCCAAGUGGGGAUGAGCGCACUCGAUCAGUUUGGCCUCGUCAUGUCCGAAAUAGAGAAACACGAACAGGUUAAGCGCUACAUCACCAACGAGAUCUUUCUGCGCUUUUACGUCAUCGCCGUCAGAUCGCCUGGCCUCUCUAAAGCCUUUCCGCCCUUGCUGGACAUUGAUGACCCUCAGCGAAUAUUGCUCUGCCUUCAAGCGAUACUCAAUAUGGCAGAAGCAUAGUCGACCGUCGCUUCGACCGAGCAGACAUCACCUUGUAGGACAACCUAAUGUCAUGAGGGUUUAUACAACGAUGAUUGCAUCCUGCAUCAUGGCUGUACAGCACUUCUCGUCUAUUCUCUCGCAGCAGCCAGAUGUAGCUGCCAAUCGAGCCAGCUACAUUUGAUCUUGCCUGCUCAAAGCGUCAGCAAACGGGCCGCAUCACCCCAAUGCUUCGUCCACUGACGUGUCCCUCUCUGCUUCGCUCUACAAGCCGGCGGUUCGUUGGGUCCAAAGUUACAUUCUGUGCUCACACGCCGGGCUCCGAUCACCUCUUCGAAAUCGAAUGCGCCGACGCCGACCCAGAAUUGGGCUUCAUAGGACGUGCGACAUGUGCACGCCACUGCAGACUUGCCUGUCAG